AAGGUGCGAAUCGAUGCGCGGGCGCCUUAAGCUCAGCCACAAAGCUUCGCAGCGCUAGUCGGCCUGCACACUCGACACAGAGCACACGCGCUCACACGCGCACGCGAGUCUCCCGCCCGCUACGAUCGCGAUUAUCAAACCAAAAUAAACUAUAAGCUUUUGAGGACUUUUAUAAACAAAUAUGCCCGAAUAAAUAAAUCAAGAUGUCGUUCUGUAGAAUAACUGGCCGCAGUCGAGGGCUACCGAAGCCCAACUAUUUCCCGCUACUCGCCCCUAUUUCUCCUGCUGACGCCAAGCGAUGCUGCAGGAUCACCGGAAAAUCCUAUGGGCUGCCUUCACACCACUACAUUCCAGUACUUCUAACCGCCCGCUCAUCGAAGGCAAAAUGUAAAAUAACAAACGUAUCCGGCGAACUGGGACCACAUCACUACUCACCUGAGAUAAACUAUGGCAAUAGAAAACACGAGAUUCUUCCAGACUACAGAUAUAUUUUCCCUGUACUCGAUGGCUCUACGGAAGCACAGAAAAGCCUGUUGGAAAUGUUACUCGGCAAACAAGUUACAGAAGACAAGCGUUACGUGUAUACAGUGCAAGAGAGAAGAUGCAGUUUGGUGUUUUCCGCUCAAAUGGAAGCGGCAGUGCGAGAUGGUGACGUCAGAGAUGUCAUGCUGGCUAAGGAUUCUGAUACUGUGUUGAUAAAAACAAAGCAUGGUCGCAGUGUCUCUAUGGACUUCAAGGAUUUCACUGAAGACGUUGAAAUGUUUGAAGGUGAAGGACCUAAUGCUGAGGUACUAAAACAAAGAGAAAUUGAAGAAUUAGAAGAAAAGAAGAAGAAGAGGAAACGAGCUGCUGGACUGUCUUCUAUGAAGAAAAUAUUUGAAAACAAAGAGAAAUUAGCAGAGGUAGAAGAACUUGAAGAAGAAAAGUUACGCGUCGAACGAAAAGCGAAAAAAGCUAAGUUUGAAGAAGUUAAACAUGAUGUCAAAACAUUUAGCUAUAAUAGCUUUGAUGUACACCACAUGCGGUCAAAGUCAAGUAUUAUAGCAUGCGCUAGUGAAUGGAGAGAACAAAUGCACCCAAUUAUCGAGACGUGGGAUUGGGAAACAUUUGAGAAAGAUGUAACUAACGAGCGCAUCGUACCUAAAGCAACUAAAUUACCGACGCCGGUAAAAAUAACUCCACACCACUGUGAUGCGGAAAUUUAUGAAGUUGACCGAAAUGUCGGUGAAGUGUCCAUACCAUUAGAAGUAGUGCCUUGUGUCAAUCCUUUAAAACCAAUAAAGACACGUCCCACAGAAACAGUUUUGAGUGCCGUUAAGGAAAUACCAAAAGAACGUUUGACCGAUACCGCAGAUAUUAUAGAAAAGUUAGUGGAAAGUGAUAAAGUUGAUCUUCUUCCAACAAUGGAACAUCUUUCUGAAGUUGUGAAAAAUAUUAAAAAAGGAAAGAGAGAAAAAGUGGGUAAAAUAUCCGGUCUUACAUUAGAUAUAAAUAAGGCGAAGACAUUUAUUCCUGGCCAAGUGGUUAAUACACCACAAGGUCCUGUUUUCGUGCCCGGUCAAACAGUUGACACUCCUAUCGGCCCCGUAUUUGUUCCUGGUUUAAGUGUAAAUACUCCAGCUGGCCCUGGAUUGAUUCCUGGUCACAUUGUAACAAAUGAAAAUACAAAUGAACCUUUCUUCCUUGCGGGUCAAGUACUGCAAACAUCAAAUGGGGAAGAAUUUGUUUGUGGACAAACAAUAAAAAAUAAAGACGAUACUUAUCGCUUUGCUGAAGGCCAAACUGUACUUUCUGAGGAAGGCCUCAAGUUCGUACCUGGUAAAAUAAUAAAUACUGGUCCCGAGGAUGUGUUUGUACCUGGACAAACUUUGAUGACACCCGAAGGAGUACAAUUUAUUCCAGGACAAACAAUAAUGGAAAAUGAUGGCAUAACAUUUACUCCUGGACAAAAUGCAAAGAUUAACAAUGAGUGGCAGUUUGUACCUGGACAAGUGUUGCAUCAAGAUGACGAAUUGCACUUCGUACCAGGAGCCACGAUAGCUACACCCAAUGGUCUUAAAUUUGUUCCAGGUCAGACAGUUUCUAUUGAUGGCGAAACUUGUUUUAUACCUGGCAUUACUAAAACAAGAAGCAACAAUGAGCUGGAGUUUGUUCCUGGAACUACUGUUGAAACUAUCGAUGGGCCGAAGUUCAUUGAAGGACAAUUAGUACACACUGACUGUGGUGAAAAAUUCAUGCCAGGAAAAACAAUCGUACAAGCAGACGGACAUGUUGAAUUUUCUGUUGCAAAGUCCAUUGAAGAUAUCACAUUCAGUGAAGGUGCACCCGUAGGGCUGCCUAUUGAUAUAAAAACUUGUUCUCUUUCUGAAGAAUCAUUGUAUGUAUUUGGACACAUGGUGCAAACAGCGAAAGGAAUUGAAUUUUAUCCCGGACCAAGGAUGCCAAAACUAGAAGGCAAGGUCGUCCCAGGGCGACUUGUAAAGAAUGAAGCAAAUGAAUCUCGAUUUGUUCCUGGAAUGAUGGUUGAAGGCAUAUUCGUUCCUGGUCAAAUAGUAUUUACGGAAAAUGGAGAACAAUUUGUUCCCGGUCAAGUGGUGGAUACAGCUGAUGGACCCAAAUUUGUUCCUGGACAAGUUGUAAAUACCAAAUCUGGACCUAAAUUUGUUCCUGGUCAGACCAUACACACAAUCGAUGGUCCACGUUUCGUACCUGGUCAAAUUAUUGAAACUAAAGCUGGUCCAACAUUCAUCCCAGGUCAAGUCAUUUCCACAGAAGAUGAAGGUUCUAGGUUCGUGCCUGGUCAAGUCGUUGAUACCGAGGAAGGUCCAAGAUUUGUUCCCGGUAGAGUCAUAGAGACUGAUGAUAAUGGCGUAACAUUUAUUCCUGGACAAAUUGUUCAGACUCCAGAAGGAUUAAAGUUCGUUGCUCCCGAUCUUACUGAGGGUGAUGAAGGACUUGAGUUUUCUGUUCAGAGCUUUGUUGUUACUCCUGAAGAAUUAAAGUUACUCAAAGUCAAAACAAACCCGAACGAUACGACUUCAACAAAAGGAGAAUUGACUAUAGAUACGAACAUGCUACGACAACUUUCUGAAGCUGGAAUGUCAAUUGGUAGACAAGUACCCGCUGAGUUACCUGCUAUCAACGUUGUACUAAAUCACACAAGAAAUGCUGAAGCAUUGAAGGCUUUUGUAACAGAUUUUGGUUUAAAAGAUGAAGUGGCAAAUCAAUUGAUGGAUGUAAUUACUUCGAUAAUUGAAAUGAGUGCUCAUUUGAAAUCCGAAAUCCAUGAAAACCGCAAAGAAUAUGGAUUACCAAAUGAUAUGAAAAAGAAAAAUGGCAAGAAACGAAUGGAUAUACAAGACCAUGUUGGGUUUUCCGGCGGCAAUGGACAAUCAGCUCAUCAAGAACAUGUUAAAAACUCUAUCGCUGCUGCUGUGCUAGCUGCAUUGGUUACUGCAGAACAAUUCGAGGAAGUUAAUAACAACAAUAGUAAAGAAAAGUAUCAAAUGAUUCUAAAAUCUAUUGACACUAUCUUAGGAAAAACGAUUGAUGAAGAUCUUGUAUCUGCUAUGUUUAAUAUUCUGCAAAAGGAAGAAGAUAAAGAAUUACUUCGUGAAGAAAUCCUUGAGAAUUCCUCCCAGCCUAAGGUUGAAUUGAUCAAAAUUGCCGUCAACAAUACAUUGCACAAACAUUCCUUCACUGAAGAUGACAUAAUUGAAAAAUUCGGAGAAUAUCUGAGCAGUGAAAAUGAAGUACUGGGGCCAGCCUUCAAAAAUAUUUCAAAAAUCGACUCUAGCCUCCUUCAUCACGUUCUUGGUCGUAUUUCAGAAUCUAUUUCUUUCGUGAAAUCUGACCGCGAAGUCACAGAAACAUUACAAAAGGCGAUAGUCUGUGCGGUACAAGAGGCAAGUACCAAGGAGUUGGAAGUAUUAUUCCAAGACAAAGAUAAAGAAAAUCUUAAAGAAUUAAUUACACAGUCUGUCGGACUUGCAAGAAUUCUCGGCCUAAGAGAUGUGGCCGCUAAUUUAAUAUCAGUGAUAAAUGAUGAAGACAGCAUGUCUAAAAUAGCAUCUGACCCUACAAGCCUGAACAUUCUGAAGAGACUGACUGUCAUGCGAAAACUAGCUGAUAACACACCGAGCUUGCAUUCCGCGCUACACAAACUGGAAACAGACCCAUCACUGGCUCGCACAGAUCCUAAACUAAGGGAUUUAGUAAGAGAAAGUGCUGCGUUGAUGAUUGUUCCAGAGGAAACUCCAUUGAUGACUUCUGAAGACGUUCCAUUGAAUUUACUAGACCCAGAAAACAGCCUGGCAAUGGAAGACUUUUUAUUCCAAAGAAGAAAACAGAAAGGAGCUUUGUUGAUUAUGAAGAAGGGUUUGCAAGCGGUGGUUCCUCGUGAAGCAAGUCGCUCCGUACUGACCGGUGAAGUGGCGUAUACAGUCCUUGAUGAAAAUGGAAUUCGACAUUUUGAACCACUACACGUAUUCUCAGCUUUAAACCUCAGUCAGCCAACAGCACAUCGUUUUUCGAUGUACAGCUGUCCUGUAGUAGAUGAUGAUGACGAAGACCUGCAGUCGUUCACCGGGUACUGCAACAUAAGCAACAAUCAGAAGAUCACUAGACUGGGCGGCUGGUCGCGCAGAUACAGCGGCGUCUUGUUAGACAGAGAGAACACUAGGAGUCGAAUGAGUAGCUUGGAAACGACGCCAAGUUACAAACGAUACCCCUCUCGUUCCAUGUCCAGUUCUAGAUCUAGAUCUAGUUGUAGUAGGAGCCCGCCUAAGGUAGAAGACGUUGUGGUUGCAUCAGCUGACUACUCAGCUGUUGCAGACGACGAAGUGUCUCUGAAGGCCGGCGACAUCGUAGAGGUUCUCGACACCAAGUCAGCCCUCGGAUCAAAGAAAUCCCGGCUCGACCCUGAGCUGGACAUCAAGGCCGAACUAUUGGACGCCUCCGCUGCCAAGCACAAGCUGGCUGUACGACCCAAGAAGAACCACCCCAGGAAAAAGACUGUCACCUCCAAGACUGAUGACGAAGGAAGAUGGCUAGUCCGCGUGAUAGAGGACGUGCAGGAGGGCGAGCUGCGCACGCGGCAAGGGUACGUGCCCGCCGACGUGCUCAAGGAGAAGCAGACUGCUGAGAGGGACCAAACUGCUCUGGCCGCGAGAAGACAGGCCGUGGUACGAGAGUUAGUAGAGACGGAGGAAGAGUUUGGACGCGACAUGCAGCAAGUGGUGACGAGGUACAUGAAGCCCAUCGACAAGGCCACUACGCCCAAAGCAGUCUUCGACAACCGGGAGCUGUUGUUCUCCAACUUCAGACAAAUCUGCGAGUUUCAUAAUACUGUAUUACUAGAGGGGAUAAAAUACUACGCCGGCGAACCGAAAAUGCUCGGACGAGCACUUCUACGAAUGGAGCGAGAAUUCGACAAGCACGUCGGCUACUGCCGCGACGAGCCAAGAGCACAGCAUCUGCUGGCCACCGAUCCCGUGGUCAAUAAAUACUUCCAGGGCCAGCAGCUCAGCAGUCGCUUGGAAGACGCGGACGCGACCACCUCGCUCGCUCCAGCGCAUGUACGACCCUCGACCACUCGCCCGAGUGAAGUGUGUGACUGUGAUUGUGUACUCGUGAUACCUGCGCCGACCACGCGCUCAGGUGAAGAUUGCUCCGACCUCCAGAAGGCAUUAGAACUCUUCCUCAGUGUCCCGAACCGAGCCACUGACAACAAGUUCAUCGCGAGCAUCGAAGGGUUCCGUGGUAACAUCUACAAGCUCGGUCGACUGCUCACCCACGACUGGUUCACUGUCUCUGAUACUGAGGGCAAGUCCAGGGAGAGGUACGUGUUCCUCUUCAAGGCCCGUGUCCUCAUCUGCAAGGUCAAGAAAGUCGGAGACGAUCGCUCAGUCUUCGUGCUUAAGGAUAUUGUCAAGCUACCGGAGGCUGAAAUCAAGGAAAAUCCUGCUGAGCCCCUAAAGUUCACACUCUGCCAGAAAGACCCGCCGCUAACUGUCACACUAGCUGCUCACAAGGAGCAAGUCAAAACCAAUUGGCUCGCUGAAAUCAGAAAACACGCUAGUGACCUCGUCGCCUUAGCCGAGCACGCAGCAGACGACCUCCAGGUACUACCACCUGAAGGCGUUCCAGCAGAACCUGAGGAGAAGAAGAAGAAGAGAGAUCACGCUGAAGUUGCACAAGCAGAAGCAGUAGAUACCAAAGAAAAACGCUCACGCGUUGAAGAAACUACUCAAUUAGCAACUACAGAAGAGGCUCAACAAAUUAAAACAAAGAGGAAAGCAUCAAUAGAAAGUGAGGUCGCGACUAAAAUCUCUAAGUCUGAAGUUACCGAGGUAUCUUCAGUCAGCGAGACACAACAAUCCGUCAAAGUCAGCUCAGUCAGUGAAAGCUCUAAAGUCACUGAGAAAACCGCGUCUGUUUCACAAUCAGAGCAAACUAGUCAAGUUACUGUAGUCGCCGCUGCAUCAGAAGUAAAGGUAGCGCAAGCGACAUCCGUGCAGUCGACGCAACAGACAUCUGUACAGAGCUCCACUGUUCAACAAUCUUCUCAGCAGAGCUCAGUACAAGCAAGCUCUCAAAAGACAUCAGUCACUGAACAGUCUACUGCACAAUCAAUUGAAAGUAGUACACAAGUUGCUCAAAUAUCAUCAUCUCAAGCAACCAGUGUUGAAUCAAAAACACAAGAAGCUACAUCUAUACAGCAAACUUCGUCUGUUGAACAAUCUAGUAAGCAAGCAACAGCUACUGAAUACAAGACACAAGCAUCGGUGAAGGAGACAACAGUUGAGGCAACUGUUGUAGCGUCCCAACAAUCCACUAAUGUACAAGAAGUAACCACACAACAAUCUGUAGUAGAAGAAACUAAGGAACGUACAGUAGAACAGGUUAGUUCCACUGGCGCCGAGUCUACGGAGCAAGCAUCUGGUAUCGGUCAAACUGUAACCACAGAGGAAGUUGGGGACGACGAGAUGUCUAGGUAUAGCCGCAGUACGCGGCUCUCUGGAGAGUACUCCAGUAGCAGCCGAAAAUUAUCAAGUGGAGGUCGCUACGAGUCAUCGUCUACAUACGAUGGUAGUGGACUGACUUCCUCCUACUCGCGACGUGAGAGCGGCUCACGUCUGGAGUCCUCCAAAUACGAGUCAGGAGGUGCAAUCGAAGGAGCUGCAAGUUCCCGCUACGAAUCAAAGUACUCCUCGAAAACUGAAGGAGGAUCUAAGUAUGGAAUUGAGUCCAGCUACGAAAGCAAAACUGAAUCUGGUUCCAAGUACGGAAUCGAGUACGACAGUGCUAGCAAGAUCGACAGCAUCGCAUCCAAGUACGGCAUUGAAUCCAACGUAGAGAGCAAAUCUGAACGAUCUGCUUAUGCCAUCGAGGGUGACAGUGCUAGCAAAAUUGACAGCAUUGCCUCAAAAUACGCAUCAAAGAGAAACAGCAUCAAAUCUAGCGUUGAAGGUGGCAAGGUCGAGUCAAGUCUGGAAGCCAAAUAUGAAAGCAAGGUAGAAAGCUCUGCUUACGGAAUUGAGUCCGAUACCACAAGCAAAAUUGACAGCAUCGCGUCCAAGUACGCUUCGAAGAGAAAUAGCAUCAAAGCUAGCAUUGAAGGAGACAAGGUCGAGUCUAUUUCGUCCACGACUGAGAGUAGCUACGAGACUGUAAAGAACGGAGACUCGUCUUACGAGAGCAAGUACUCCAAGAAGUCUAUCGCCAACGGCUCAGUGAGCACUGGCUAUGAAACAGCGAGGUCCAUCUCUAAAUCUGAAUCUCAAGAUGGGAAGCCAGUAUUCUCGAAAACUUUAGAAGGCCAGAACAUUGAGCCUGGUGAAAACGCAAUCUUCGAAUGUCUUCUGCGUGAGUCCAAGGACGUGAAGGUGACGUGGCUGAAGGACAACAAGCCUCUGACGGACCGACUCAUGGACCGCUGCUCCAUCUCCCUGGAGGACGACGGGGGAUUCAAACUGGAACUGAAGCAUUGCAGGGAGUCUGACGCGGGAGUAUACACCGCCAUCGCAGAGAAUGUCAAGGGAAAUGCCCAUUGUACCGCACAGUUAGUCGUGCAGGAGUUGACGGCUGAGGAGCGUCGAGAGAGGAAUGCUCUGAAAGCGCCCUACUUCCUCGUGGCGCUGAAGGACACGGAGAUCAUGGAGAACACCUAUCUCCGCUUCAUGGUCAAAGUCAAGGGUGACCCUAACCCUGAGGUCAAGUUCUACCGCGACGACAAGGAGAUCCUCACAACGUCGGAGUCCGACCGAGUGUCCAUCAUCCGCACGCGCGCCGAGCGAGGAUGUUACGAGCUGGUGAUAGCGGACGUGCUGCCCUCUGACGCCGGCCGCUACUCCUGCAGGGCCAUGAACAUCUACGGAGAGGUCACCUCGGAGGCUACUGUCACUGUAGUCGAUGACAAGAACAUCUUCGGCGAACUCCCACCUGGCGGCGAAGGUCUGCUGGCCAAAGGAGAGAAGCCUUCGUUUACAUGGAAGAGAGAUGGACAGGCUUUCGACCCUGAAGAGAGGUUUAAGGUGUUGUUAGGUGACGACGAGGACUCCCUAGCGCUGGUGUUCCAGCACGUGAAGCCGGAGGACGCCGGCAUAUACACCUGCGUCGCCAAGACUAGCACUGGGAACAUCUCCUGCUCCGCUGAACUUACUGUGCAAGGCGCGGUGCACGAGCUGCACCGUGAGCCGGAGAAGCCGGCGCUGGUCAUAGAGCACCGCGAGGCCAUCGUGUCCGCCGGCGCGUCCGCCAUGCUGGAGCUCGUCUGCAAGGGGUACCCCAAGCCUAACAUCGUCUUCAAGCAUAAAGGAAAGGACGUUGAGGCCGAUACUAGACACAAGUUCCUGUAUGAGGACGAGGAGUCCAUGUCGCUGGUGAUAAAGAACGUGACGCAGGCAGACGCGGGCGAGUACCAGGUCACUGCCUCCAACGAGCUGGGAGAGGACACCACCACCAUGCAUCUAGUCGUCAAGGCAGCGCCUAAGAUCAAGAAGAAGAUCGAGAACCAGACUUGUAUGGUGAGCUCCACCCACACAGUAACGAUCGAGAUAGAAGGAGCACCGGCUCCGGACGUCACCUUCUACAAGGACGGAGUCGAGAUCAAGAGCUCGGAGCGGAUCACCAUCGUGAAGGAGUCCGACGAGGUCUACAAGAUCACCAUCAAGGACGCCAAGCUUACUGACACUGGAUCCUACUCCGUGGUCGCCAAGAAUGAAGUGAACCAGUGCUCGGACUUCUGGCAGUGGCACGUGACGUCACCGCCCAAGGUUAUCAAGAAGAUGGGAGAGACCAAGGUCUGCGAGGAGAAGGAGACUGUCACCUUCAAGGUCGAGACUGAGUCUGAACCCGCACCCACUGUGUCUUGGUAUAAGAACAAAGUAGAGCUAUCAGAGUCAUCGACAGUGAAGAUCUCGUCAGCCGGGGAGGCGCACUCCCUCGUCAUCACAUCCGCCGCUAAAGCUGACGCCGGCGAGUACUCCUGCGAGGUCCGGUCGGGCCCGCAGUUCACGCAGAGACUGCGCGACUCGGCCGCCAGCGAGGGCGACCGAGACGUAGAGUUCACCGUCGCCGUCGAGGCAUACCCUGAACCCACUGUCAAAUGGUACCUGGGCGACGUGGAGAUAACAGAGAAGAAGUCAGUAUUCACCCGCGUGGACAGCGGGAACACUCACAAGUUGAUCCUGAAGGAAGUGUCGGCGGAGUACUCCGGGAACUACUCCUGCAAGGUCUCCAACGUCCUCGGGGAGGACUCCUGCUCCGCCACCUUCACUGUCAACAGGAAGCCUCGUUUCACGAAGAGUCUGAUCGACAUGACGGUGGACGCUGGACAGACCCUGAAGCUGGACGUGGAGGUGGAGGGAUGCCCCGAGCCCAAGGUCAAGUGGUUCAAGGACGGGAAGGAGGUCAAUACUGAUGCCAGGAUUAAAAUCGAGAGAGAUACUAAGAGGGCCGAAAACGAGUUUGGUAGUGUCUCUUCUAAGAGCACGGUCACCGUACACACUCGCGAGAUUCAUUCGACGUUGAAUAAAGAAGCGAUUAUCGAAAGUGAAGUAGACGACGAAAGCAAAAAAUCGAAAAAGGCUCUAGAAGACGAUGUGGAUAAAGAAAGUAAAAAGUCAGGCAAGUUAGCCAAAGCGGAGACUGUAGAAGAAAAAUCUAUAUGGGAUGAUGACGAAGAUGGUAAAGCUAAAAAAUCAAGUGUUGAUGACGUAGAUGCAUCACCCAAGUCAGCUAAGAAAUCGCUCACAGAACCCGAGGAUGCUGAAGAAAAGUCAUUCUGGGAUGAUAACGAUGACGACAAGAAAUCCAAAAAACCUUCCGUUGAAGAGGUAGAUUCAAAGCCAACUAAAGGAAGGAAAUCUAUCACAGAACCUGAGGUUGCUGAAGAAAAGUCUUUCUGGGACGAUGCAGAUGAAGAUAAAAAAUCCAAAAAGCCGUCAGUUGAGGAAGUAGAGGCAAAACCAGGUAAAGGAAAGAAAUCUGUCACUGAACCUGAAGUAGCUGAGGAAAAGUCUUUCUGGGAUGACGCAGAGGACGAUAAACAAUCCAAAAAGGUAUCCAUUGAAGAAGUAGAAUCGAAACCGGGUAAAGGAAAAAAAUCCGCCACUGUACCUGAGGUAGCGGAGGAGAAGUCGUUCUGGGAUGAUGCUGGUGAUGGAAAAACUAAACAACCUAUUGUAGAAGAACCCGAUACACCAAUUAGUAACAAAGCGAGGAAGUCCGUUACUGAACCCGAAGUAGCUGAAGAGAAAUCAUUCUGGGAUGACGUACAGGAUAAACCGAGCAAACCAACUAUUGAAGAAAUUGACUCGACACCUACUGAUAUCGGAAAGAAAUCCUUCUCAGAGCCAGAAACAGUAGAAGAGAAAUCAUUCUGGGAUGAAAACCACAAUGAACAAAACAAGAAACCUGUCGUAGAAGAGGUUCUUACCAAGAAAGACGCUGGAGAGAAAAGUGCCACUAAACCUGAGUCGAUAGAAGAGGUCCCCAUCGCCGACGACCUGAAGUCACCCAAGCGUAAAUCCGUUAAAAAACAAUCCCUUGAAGAACCAUUAAGUGCUGGAACUGAAGGCCGAGUUUUCGAAACGGUAACUACGUUCAAGACAGGCGAAGACGGUGCUAUUAUAAUGUCUAAAGUCAGCAGCACUCGGUCUCACGGCGCUAUUAUCACAGGUCCGGCCGAAACACACACUUUACACAAAAUGACGUCAAAAUCACUUUAUUACGAUGAUGAUGACUUUUUCGGCGGCAGAAGGUUAAUACAGCCCAACAAACCACACACGACUUCUUUGGAAGUCGAAGAAAUUGCUAGCCACAGUUAUUUCUUGACGGAGAUGGGCCAUUAUACCAUACCGGAUCAUGUCAGGCGAGGUACCUAUGGUAUUAUUGAAGAACCACAAACUGACUCGGAGGCUGAUGCUGGAUCACGAUGUGGAAAGAUGGGAGCGAGCCGAACUGUGUCUAUCAUGUCAGUCUCGGAGGAUGAGAUGAGCUGGCAAAACGAACCUCUCUCUAGAGAGAUAUCGAUCGAAGACUUGUCGAAGUCUAUAUUCGACAUUGACGAAACUAGAAAAGUGUUUAGCAAAGACUCGUACGUUCGCCAAACUUCUUUCAAAGAAGAUUACAUCAUUGGUGAAGAUGAAGAAGAGUCUUUGAUUUUAAAAGAAAAGUCGCAAAAGGUAUUCGAGAAUGACAUCACAGAGAAACUCAUACACAUUUCGAAGGAAUUCGACGAAAACGAAUACAAAUCCGUCGACAAAAAGAUAGAUAACGUUAAAAAUAGAAUCAUAGAAGAACUAGUAUUAGCGCCCAUGAAGAACUUCGAUAACAUUACGAAAGAUGUAACGGAGACUACUGUUGAGAGGAAGAGAAAGAAUGAAACCAAGCUAUUUAGUUUGGAGGAGGAGAUGGAUGACGAGGUAGAAGCCCUACUGAGACGAAGCCAGAGACAGAGGAGCAUACUAGAUGAUAUCCUAAAUGUGGAAGAUGAAAAAGCACCACCCACAGUCAAAGGCGGCAGUAUGAAGGACGGGCACGCAUACGAGUCCCUACCUCUAGUUUACUCAGUAGAAGUCUCCGGUACCCCGAAACCCACGAUUCGUUGGCUGCACGACGGCAAGGAAGUGAAGCCAUGCGGCAGGGUCCACAUCACCAAUGAUGGAGAUCUGUUCAAGUUGGAGAUAGACAGCGUUCAGAUGAAGGACGCUGGAAAAUGGCAGUGUGAAAUCGUCAACGAUCUUGGAAAGCAAGUGCAGACCGCUCAACUGUCUGUGUCACCGGAGUCCGAGCUCCGCAAGCCAAAGUUCACGUGUCCCCUGGAAGCCCAGCGCGUGCUGCAGAAGGAGCCGGUGAGGCUGCAGGCGGUGUGCACGGCCGACCCGCUGCCGCACGUGUCGUGGCUGCUCAACGGGGUCGAGCUCACGCCCAGCGCCACCAUCGUCACCUCCGCUGAUACCAAGGAUCUAGAUCAUGGACUCAAGGAAUGCACCUUUACUCUGCAAAUUCCUACUGGUCGCCACACGGACACUGGUGAGUACACGAUCCAGGCUACGAACAAGUACGGAGUGGGAGAGAGUUCCGCGCGCCUCGACAUCUUGCUGCGACCUGAGAUUGAAGGACUGAAGGAUGUCACCGCCGUGCCCUUCGAGGAGACCACCUUCAUCGCCAAUGUUAGGGCCAACCCUAUCGCUGAGGUCAAGUGGCACAAAGACGGCUACGUGAUUCAGCCAUCGUCUCGCUAUGAUAUAGUGGAGGACUUGGCUAACGAGAAGUAUCAGCUGACUGUCAAAAAGGUCGCAGUGGAUGAUGGAGGAGUCUAUACUCUGGUCGCCAAGAAUGAGGUCGGGGAGACCUCGCAGCAGGCCAAGCUUAUUGUGCAUACCGGAGCGCCAGUGUUCACGAAGCCCCUCCAGAAGCAAUCAGUGAAGGACUACGACGACUGUACCCUGAAGGUCCGCUGUGACGGAGUGCCCAAACCGGACGUGGAGUGGUACAGGGAGGGGACACUCGUGGCCAACGACGACCGACACACCGUCACUACUGAGGUCGGGGGACAGGUCGACAGCGAACUAGAUAUCAAGCACUUCAAUGCUAGCGAUGCGGGCAAGGUCCGCGCAGUGAGCCUGGCCGGCGAGGCCGUCUGCGAGGCCGUCAUCACGCUGGAGCAGAAGUCCCCCGGCUUCACUCACAAACUCGACAGACAGAAGGAUGUCGACGAGGGAGACCUGCUCGAACUCAAGGCCAAGCUCGAUGGCAGCCCCAUUCCUACUGCUAAAUGGUUCAAGGACGGCGCCCCUCUGUCUCCGGACGACAGCCGCGUCCAACAGACCGCCCUGCCGGACGGUACUGUCAAACUGAGCAUCGAACACGUGACCCCGGCGGACUGCGGCGCGUACAAACUCGUCAUCUCCAACCCUCACGGAGACAGCUCCGCGCUUUGUGCUGUCGCCGUCAACCCUACCCCUAGGAAGCCGUCAUUCAGCCAGGAGUUGGAAGACGUGAAGGCAGUGGUCGGACAACCACUCAAGUUGGAAGCCAGGGUCAUGGCAUUCCCUGCGCCGGAGAUCAAGUGGUUCAAGGAUGUCCGUCCGUCACAGGCGGUGAACUUCGUGAACCAGCCGGGCGGACUGGUCGGACUCAGCAUCGACUGCUGCAAGCCCGAGGAUGCUGGGAACUAUGAACUUACUGUCACCAACAAGCUCGGAGAGGUUGCCUCUAAAGCCAAGGUGGAAGUAGGCCAGAAGGAGCGCAAGCCUGCGUUCAUUGCCGAGCUGCAGCCCACCAAGGUCAUUGAAGGGUUCCCCGUCAAGUUGGAGGUCAAGAUCCUUGGACACCCACAGCCUACGCUUAAAUGUCCCGGACGGGCAGCACGUCCGCGUAGUGUCGCAGCCGGACGGGAGCCACGCGCUGCUCAUCGACCGCGCGGCCGCGCCCGACGCCGGACACUACGGGGUCGUACGGACGACUCGAGUCCCCAAGAACGUCCCCGCUUCAUCCACGGCCUGCGUGACCUGACCGCGGAGGAGGGCCAGCCCCUGUCGGUGUCGGUGCCAUUUGUCGGGAACCCGGUGCCUGAGGUUGGCUUGGAGAUCAGUUCGAUGGAGUUGCCAGACGCGGGCGUGUACUCUAUAAAGUUGGUGAACCCCCUGGGGGAGGACUCCUCCGACGGUAACAUCAAUGUACGCAAGGUCUUCUCCGCACCUACCUUCUCACAGAAAUUCACUGAUCUGCAGCAGCAAGAAUGUAACUCAAACCCCUUCACACAGCUACCAACAUUCGACGCGAAGUUCCCGGCGCGAGUGUUCGGCAUCCCGUUCCCGGAGAUAUCGUGGUACAAGGACGGCGCGCUGCUGCGGCCCGGCGACAAGUACAGCAUGAAGCGCGACGGCGACGCGGCCUGCCUCUACGUCCGCGACCUGGCGCCGCCCGACGCCGGCCGCUACCGGUGCCUCGCCGCCAACCGGGAGGGACAGGCUACUUGCGAGGCCAAUCUCGAGGUCGUUGAUAAGAUAGCCCGUAAACAGAAGGUGGAGCCGCCAGAGUUCCUGAAGAAGAUCGGCGACAUCGAGGUGUUCCGCGGAAUGAGUGCCAAGUUCACUGCCUGCGCCACCGGGACACCAGAGCCUGACGUCGAGUGGUACCGUAACGACGAGCGCCUGUUCCCCUGCGAGAGGAUCCGCAUGGACAAGGAGACCACCGGCCUGCUCCGCCUCACCAUCGGCGGCGUGGAGCCCAGCGACGUGGCCACGUACCGCUGCAGGAUAUACAACGCGCACGGGGAGGCCACCUGCUCCGCGGAACUCACUUAUGACACCCUGGAGCCCCACACCAGUAAGCGUCCAAUAGGCGACCAGUACUCGGACUUCGACAAGAUGAAGAAGACUGGCAUCCCCAUGCCUCUGGCAGACAGACCCAUCAUCAAUCGCAUGGCAGACAGACAUCUUACGCUCGGCUGGAAGCCUUCCAUACCGCAUGGACCCAGGUUCCCUGUCACAUACCAGGUGGAGAUGUGCGAGGUCCCGGACGGGGACUGGUUCACGGCGCGGACGGGGCUCCGCUCGUGUGUCUGCGACAUCCGGAACCUCGAGCCCUUCAGGGACUACAAGUUCCGCAUCCGGGUCGAGAACAAAUAUGGAGUCAGCGACCCUUCACCCUUCGCCAUCACACACCGCUCCAAACUGGAGCCUGACCCACCCAAAUUCAUCCCGUACUUGGAACCUGGCAUUGACUUUAGACCAGAGACCUCCCCCUACUUCCCUAAGGACUUCGACAUAGAGCGUCCCCCCCACGACGGCUACGCGCAGGCCCCCAAGUUCCUCCGCCAGGAGACGGACUCCCAGUACGGUGUGAAGGGACACAACGUGAACUUGUUCUGGUUCGUGUACGGGUAUCCUAAACCCAAGAUGACGUACUACUUCAACGACGAGCCCAUUGACAUCGGGGGCCGGUACGACUGGAGCUACACCAGGAACGGACAGGCCACGCUGUUUAUUAACAAGAUGUUAGAGCGCGACGCAGGUUGGUACGAGGCCGUAGCGAGCAACGAGCACGGACAGGCUCGACAGAGGGUCCGCCUGGAGGUGGCGGAGUACCCCCAGUUCAUCCGACGACCUGAGGAACUGGUGCUGCUGCAGAGGCAUACUGGCAGGCUGGAGGCCAGGGUCACUGGGGUGCCCUACCCUGACAUCAAGUGGUACAAGGACUGGCAGCCACUCGCACCUAGUGCCAGGAUCAAGAUCCACUUCAUCGAGCCAGACAUCUGCCAACUGGUGCUCCACGACGCCAUCCUGAAGGACGAGGGUCUGUACUCCAUCUCUGCGCGCAACGUGGCCGGCUCCGUCAGCUCGUCCGCCAUGAUAUAUGUAGAGGAGUCCGAGCACGAGUACAGUGACAGGAUCCGCGAGCACCCCCCGCGUAUAAAGGCGAGCACGAAGCCGUUCGGAGACUUCUACGACCUCGGAGACGAACUCGGCAGGGGAGUGCAGGGAGUUGUCUACCAUGCUGCGGAGAGACUCACUGGUCGCAACUACGCCGCCAAGAUAAUGCACGGCCACUCCGCCUUGAAGCCCUUCAUGAAGAACGAGCUGGACAUCCUGAACAUCCUCAACGACCGGCACCUGGUGCGCCUGCACGACGCCUACGAGCACGACCACACCCUGGCACUCGUGCUGGAGCUGGCAGGGGGGGGCGAGCUCGUCCGGGACAGGCUGCUCCGCCAUCAGUUCUAUACCGAGAGGGACAUCGCCGGGUACAUACGACAAGUACUGCGCGGACUCAAGUACAUGCACGAUAACAGUGUCGCGCAUCUUGGACUUACGAUCGGCGAGUUGGUCCUGUCUCACGCGGGCAGCGACGAGCUGAAGCUGUGCGACUUCGGUCUGUCGCGCCGCAUUCAGUUCAACAAGCACGCCAGCCUCGACUACGGCAUGCCCGAGUUUGUGGCGCCCGAGGUCGCCGCAGGGGAGGGAGUGUCCUUCGCCGCCGACCUCUGGAGUCUUGGCAUCAUCACAUACAUACUCCUCAGUGGACACUCUCCCUUCCGGGGCGUCAACGACCGCGAGACCUUGACACGUAUCCGCGAAGGUCGCUGGGACUGGCACGACGAGGAGUGGUGGUCCCGCCUCAGUACUGAGUCCAGGGACUUCAUCUCCAAGUUGUUGAUCUAUAACUGGCACGAACGUAUCGAUGUCAACACCGCCCUGUCUCAUCCUUGGCUGACCCUCGCUGACAAGAUCUACCAGGAGGAGUACCAGAUCACCACUGACAGGCUCAGGAACUACUACAACUUGUACAGGGACUGGACCAGCAACGCACAAUGUCGCACGUGGUUCCGUCGCAAGCCACUCAGCGGGGCCUACGAGCAUCCCUCCAAGAUGGUCUACCCGCCUGGAGAAACUUAUACACCGGAAGACACCCCCGACCGCGACCGCGCCCCCCACGAGCGCGAGCCCGGCCAGCACGACAUCAACUUCAAGCAGUGGGACCAUCCUGACUGGGAGGUCUCCGCCAAGUCUGAGAGCCACUACCAGAACGGUCCAGACACAUACCUGCUCCAGCUCCGCGACACCCAGUUCCCGGUGCGACUGCGCGAGUAUAUGAAGGUCGCGUGUGAUCGCUCGCCUGGGUACAGCCUCAACGUAUUCGAUACAUAUGACCCCAGGACUCCCAUCAUCCGCGAGAGACGUCGCUUCACCGACAUUAUGGACGAAGAAAUCGACGACGAGCGCCGCGAGAGGAUCAACAACUAUGGCACCGAGUCAUACACCAUCCGUAGACUCAGACACGAGCUCGGCACCAGACUCGACUCAUACGCUGAGGCACAGGCACUCAUGGAGUCCAAGAAAGAUGGACAACUGCCAUUCUUCAGGGAGAAGCCACAACUCCUCCCCGUCAGGGAGGGAGAGAACGCACAGCUGUCCUGCUUCGCUGUCGGUGACCCUAAACCCAGCAUCCAGUGGUUCAAGAACGACAUGGUCAUCGCUGAGGGACAACGCAUUAAGAUCAUUGAAGAUGACGAGGGUAGAUCUACGCUAAAGUUCGAACCCGCCAAGCAUCAUGACAUCGGCUUCUACAAGGUCGUGGCCAGGAACAAGGUGGGCCAGACCGUCGCCCGGACCAGGAUCGUAGAGGCCACGACCCCGGACGCCCCGGACAGCCCCAGCGCCGCCGAGGUGUCGGACACGGAGGUCCUGCUCCGCUGGAAGCAGCCCAAGUACGACGGCAACUCGCCCGUCAUCUGCUACAGUCUGCAGUACAAGGCGGGCGACAGUGUGGAGUGGCGCGAUGUCGCCAGCAACAUCGACCACGAGUUCUUCGUCGUCCGCAACCUCAGCCCCGACACCAGCUACCAGUUCCGGCUCUCCUCCCGCAACAGGAUCGGGUGGAGCGACAAGGGCAUCCCUACACACUUAGUCAAGACCAAACAAUCUGGCGCACCUAAAAUCGAAGUCACUAAAGCUAUGAAACACCUUCAACAGAUCACAGAGUCUGGACAGGAAGUCACUCUAGAGGAGAACAGACCCAAGCUGGACUAUUCCCUGGAGGAUAGACCAGUCGAGUGGGAGUCAUCUCAGCAGUUCACAGAACGUUACAGCUUCGUCUCAGAGUUGUGGCGAGGCAAGUUCUCGAUCGUUGUGAAGGGCAUCGACCGCGCGAAUGAUAAUGUUGUAGUGUCGAAGAUCCUGGAGAACAGACCAGAUACUGAAGUACAGAUCCAGAGGGAGUUCGAGUGCCUGAGGAGGUUGCGACACGAGAGGAUAUCGAACCUAAUAGCUGCGUACCAGGCGCCUGGCUCCUCGGUCUCAGCGUUCAUCUUGGAGAAGCUGCAGGGCGCAGACAUCCUCACGUACCUGUCGAGUCGUCACGACUACACGGAGCAGAUGGUGGCCACCAUAGUGACACAGAUCCUGGACGGUCUACAGUACUUGCACUGGCGUGGCUACUGCCACCUGGACCUGCAGCCUGACAACGUAGUAAUGGCGUCCGUCAGGUCCAUCCAGGUCAAACUCAUUGACUUCGGCUCCGCACACAAAGUCACCAAGUUAGGAACCAGUGUACCACAAGUAGGCGACCUGGAAUACAAAGCCCCGGAGAUCAUAAACGACGAGCCUGCCUACCCACAAACAGACAUCUGGUCAGUGGGUGUCCUCACCUACAUAAUGUUGUCCGGCGUGUCGCCCUUCAAGGGAGCUGAUGACGCAGAGACCAAGCAGAACAUCUCCUUCGUACGGUUCCGGUUUGAACACCUCUACAAGGAAAUCACACAGGAGGCGACUAGGUUCCUGAUGUUCCUGUUCAAGAAGGUUCCCCUGAAGCGGCCGCUGGCUGAGGAGUGCUACGAGCAUCGGUGGCUCACUCAGAGCGACUUCAUGAACAAGAAGAGGGAGAGGGCCGUCUUCCUAGGCAACAGACUGAAGGAGUUCUCGGAGUCGUACCACGAGCGCAAGGCGCGCGAGGCGUCGCAGGCGGACACCGUGGCGGCCGCCUUCGGGGGCGCGCGACAUCUCGUGCGCUCCAACAGCAUACAGGACGAACUGCUCACCACCUUCAACACGCACUGACACCUCCCACACUCAUCGCACAUCACUGUCUACACGCCAACACCUGUUAUUUCUAAAUUGUCCAUGUGUUAGCUCAAUUCGAAACCUUAUUAAAGCCCCUUUAAACGCUAAACUAAGGGUUACUAUGAGCCUUAUAUCAAUCAUGUUUAAGUCCCAUAGAUUUUUUACACGCGAUUUUUACUAGUAAAUCCGGACUUAAACCUGAUUCCACAGGCUCCCUCUCCAUAAAUUUUUGCACUUCCUAGUGCGUCGCAAACAUCGUUCACAAAGUUUCAUGUACAUUAUUAUCAUCCAAACGAAAAUCUAGUCAUAAAGGAAAUGUUACGACGGUUUUGUUACUGUUAAGCUAUUUAUUGUAUACAAAUUUUUACUAUUUAUUUAUUAUUUAUACUAAUUGGUAUAUUAAUGCUCCAGUAUUAAUUACACUUAAUAAAGAGCAUUGAUUUGAUA